GGAAGCGCUUGCGGGACGGCCUGGCGGCGCGUCCUCCUGCGCCGCGCGUCAUGGCCCUGUCGGUGCCCGGUUACUCGCCCAGCUUCAAAAAGCCGCCCGAGACGUUGCGGCUGCGGCGGAAGAGGGCUCGGAGCCUGAGGGCCCCUCCCCUGCCCGGGGAGCGGAACCCCUUCGCCCGCCUGGACAACCGGCCGCGGGCCGCUGCUGAGCCCCCCGACGGGCCGCCCCGCGGCCAGCAGGAGGCGCCGGGCCCGUUUUUAGAUGCUAAUCAAGAAAAUGAUUUGCUGCGGGAAGAGAAGUUUCCUGAAAGAACAGCAGAUACUGAAUUACUCCAGGCUCCGCACAUAUCAUUCUCCGAAUCUGAUAUUCCAUCCUCAGAUAGUACUGAGUUACCCGUGGACUGGAGUAUUAAAACUCGACUCCUUUUCACCUCGUCUCAACCCUUCACCUGGGCAGAUCACUUGAAAGCACAGGAAGAAGCUCAAGGUGUCGUCCAGCAUUGUAGGGCAACAGAAGUUACUUUGCCUCAAAGUAUCCAGGAUCCCAAACUCUCCACUGAGCUCCGUUGUGCCUUUCAACAGAGCCUUAUCUAUUGGCUCCACCCUGCCUUUCCUUGGCUACCACUGUUCCCUCGUAUUGGAGCUGAUAGAAAAAUGGCUGGAAAGGCAAGCCCUUGGUCAAAUGAUGAAACCCUGCAACACAUUUUAAUGAGUGACUGGUCUGUGAGCUUCACUUCUCUAUAUAAUCUGCUGAAGACAAAACUUUGCCCCUAUUUUUAUGUUUGUACCUAUCAGUUUACUGUCCUGUUCCGUGCAGCAGGAUUAGCAGGAAAUGAUGUAAUCACAGCUCUCAUAUCUCCUACAACUAGAGGUUUAAGAGAAGCUAUGAAAAAUGAAGGUAUUGAAUUUUCUCUGCCUUUAAUAAAAGAAAAUGGCCAUGAGAAGAAAGCAUCUGGAACAACCUUGGGACAUGAGGAGGAGCAAGCAGUCAGUGAUGAGGAUGAAGAAGAAAGUUUCUCCUGGCUAGAAGAGAUGGGUGUGCAAGAUAAAAUUAAAAAACCAGAUAUACUCUCCAUCAAGCUGCGUAAAGAGAAACAUGAAGUACAAAUGGACCACAGACCUGAGUCUGUUGUGUUGGUGAAAGGAAUGAACACCUUUACAUUGCUAAAUUUUUUGAUUAACUGUAAGAGUUUAAUUGCUACCUCAGGUCCACAGGCAGGACUUCCACCAACCCUCUUAUCCCCUAUAGCUUUCCGAGGUGCCACAAUGCAAAUGCUUAAGGCACGAAGUGUAAAUGUGAAAACACAAGCUCUUUCUGGAUACAAAGAUCAAUUUAGUUUGGAGAUUACAGGUCCUAUCAUGCCUCAUUCUCUACAUUCUGUGACUAUGCUACUCAAAUCUUCACAGAGUGGGUCGUUUUCUGCAGGACUGUAUACACAUGAGCCAACUGCUGUAUUUAAUAUCUGGCUUCCAGGAAAGAAAGUACAGGAUAAGGAAACUGUUCAUGAGGAGCUUGCUAACUGUGGGUUGCAUCCUAAGACUCUGGACCAACUUAGUCAAACAGCAAUGCUGGGGAAAUCAUCUUUACGGCAUGUGAAAAUGAGUGACUACAUUUAUAAUUGGAGGUCCUGAACACCAAAGUAAGCCUAAAAGGAAACUAUGAGGAAAAAAGCCCUUCUAGCAAGGAAAUUGAAGAUUCUUAAACCUUUGACUUUAAAGUUCAUUUUGGAAGUUAAAAGAAAGGAAUUUUUAAAAAUUCAAAUGUUUAUAAACAUUAACCUUUUACAUUUAACUUUUACUACAUGUGCUAAGCAGUAGGAUUAAGGUUUUAAAUCAUUUUGUUUUUAUUAUUUUGAUUAUAUUCAGGUAUGGAGAUAACUGAAACUUUUUAAAAACCUCAAAUAACUUGAAUGAGAAUUCUAGCUCCCUACAACCUAAUUAUAAACUGAGUAGAAAACUCAAUGUCAUUGUUUCCUUGCGAAUGGGAAAUUGAGGCUAACUUAGUAUCAAUUAUCUCAUGGCAUUGUGACUAAUGGCAUCAGGGCAAAACUAUUAAACAAUUUACCUAGGAUUAUUAGCAGGUUCUAGUUUCAUAAAGGUAGAAAACAAAUGUAGACAAUAUCUACUGAGCUGACCAUUGAUGCUUCCACCUUAGCUGUUUUUCCUGAUUUACAAAUCCUCUAUUCUCAAAUAUAUUAAAUCUGUUUUUUUAAUGCAUGUUUAUUCAGAUAAGGGCAUUUUGUAUUACAUACAGAAUAGUGUUAAGAGUUGUAAAGUAUGCUCAGCUGUCACAGCAAAGAAGUAUUUUAUCUUGUAGGUAUUUGUGUGUGUAUGUGUAUAUAUAUAAUUCAAAUUUUCUUAAAUAAAAGUGCUUAGAAAUCAAAAGCAUUGGGUAAAGAAAUAACAGUAUUUAGUGAAGAUGUGUUCACUUGAUAAUCCAGAAAAUAAAACACCACAUUUAUUCCAGAGAAGUUUAUAUUUGGGCCUUAAGCUUUUGAAAAUAAAGUUUAGAGACAUAGCAUAUGAAUACCACUGUAAUACACAUGAAAUAUUCUAUCAGACCCUAAAAAUUAACAUAAACUUAAACUUUCUCAUAGUCAACAAAAUAAUGGCUGGGUGCCGAUUUUAUUAGAUAAGUUGGUUACAGCAUUUUAAUUAUCAUUUUACGUCUAUCUAGGUGUAGCUGAAAUUCAAAAUGCACAUCAAAGUAAAACUAUCACAACUCAAUGCCAUACUAAAUGUACUUGCCUUCUGCAGUAGAAUUCUAGUUGGAGUUAAUUUUGACUCCCUUCUCAUGGCCUAAGUGGCUUUGACAGGAACACAGAACUUAGUGC